GUGGGAUCUGCUUCUACAGGUCAUUUGAGAGGAAAUUACUGCAGACAGGUUAUUAAUUUCAAGACGGAGUUUAUCUAAAAGUUGAGAUGUUGCACAAAAUUAUUAAUUUGACAGUGAGAGAUGUGAGAUUCCCGACGUCUUUGGAGCAGCACGGCUCAGAUGCGAUGCACACGGACCCAGAUUAUUCUGCCGCUUACGUGGUUCUGGACACGGACUGCGGACUGAAAGGCUUCGGCCUCACAUUCACUUUAGGAAAAGGCACUGAGAUCGUGGUGUGUGCUGUCAAGGCCCUGGAAGGAUUGGUUGUUGGGAAAUCUUUGCAGGAGAUCGUGAGUAACUUCCGUGGGUUUUACCGCCUGCUGACCAGCGACGGCCAGAUGAGAUGGUUGGGCCCGGAGAAAGGAGUGAUCCACUUGGCUACUGCUGCCGUCCUGAACGCCGUGUGGGACCUGUGGGCGAGGGCCGAGGGCAAGCCGCUGUGGAAGCUGCUGGUCGACAUGGAUCCAAAGCAGAUUGUGUCGUGCAUCGACUUCAGAUACAUCACCGACGUGCUCACAGAGGAUGAAGCUCUGGACAUGCUGGUGAAAGCACAGGAGGGCAGGCAGCAGAGAGAGGAUCAGAUGCUGAAGGAGGGCUAUCCUGCGUACACCACCUCCUGUGCUUGGCUCGGAUACCCAGACCAGCAGCUCAAACAGCUCUGCACAGAUGCACUAAAAAGCGGCUGGACCAAGUUUAAGGUGAAGGUUGGUGCCGAUCGAGAGGACGACGUACGCAGAUGUCGCCUCAUACGGCAAAUGAUUGGACCCAGUAACACCCUGAUGAUUGAUGCCAACCAGAGAUGGGAUGUCGACGAGGCCAUCAGCUGGGUGUCCAAGCUGGCUGAGGUCAAACCUCUUUGGAUCGAGGAGCCGACGUCUCCAGACGACAUCCUGGGUCACGCUACUAUUGCUAAGGCUUUGGCUCCGCUGGGGAUUGGAGUGGCAACAGGGGAGCAGUGUCACAACAGGGUCAUGUUUAAGCAGCUCCUGCAGGCUUCCGCGCUGCAGUUUGUCCAAAUAGACAGCUGUCGGCUGGGUAGCGUCAACGAGAACCUGGCUGUGCUGCUGAUGGCCCACAAGUUCCAAGUGCCUGUGUGCCCUCAUGCUGGAGGAGUCGGUCUGUGUGAGCUCGUCCAGCAUCUGAUCCUGUUCGACUACAUCUGUGUGUCUGCCGAUCUCAGCAACCGAAUGUGUGAAUAUGUCGACCACCUCCACGAGCACUUCGCUAGUCCUGUGGUGAUUCAGGACGCCCACUACAUGCCCCCCAAGGAUCCAGGCUACUCUUGUGAGAUGUUUGAGUCAUCAGUUAAGAGACACCAGUUCCCUGAAGGAGAUGUAUGGAAACUGCACCAGAACAAAUAAGGAAUGUUUUCAACAUUUUACUGCUGACCCAAAAGUUUGGAAACAAAUGAAAAGUCUAUAAUCCAAAUAAUAUAAUGUUAUUUCAAUAAAUUAGCACCACAGAUAUAUUCAGAAGAGUAACAGAUUAGUGUAAAACAAACAUAUUUCGACAUGUUCAUGUUUGUUUCUUAUACAAAGUUGUGAACGUUUCCACCACCUGGUUACACUGGUAUCUUCUGGAAUGUACCUUCAUUCAUGCUGAGGAAGGUUCCUCAAACUGGCCAGUAAAUGUUGCCUCAUAGUACUUUUGGAUGUUUAAAAAAAUUAAAACUGUCAGAUACUUUACCAUCAAGAGUUUUGAAAUCUGACACUGAUGGCCUGCAUUUUGAAGUUAUGCUCCAGCAUACCUGGACCUUAUGGUUCUAUUAAUUUUCUUCCGAGUUAUUGCACUCGGCAACUACUAUGCUUUUAAGUUAUUUUAUUAUGCUAUAACACAAAUGGGUAAAAUAAGAGUGAAUUCAUGCACCCCCAACUCAAAUAGACACUGCAGUUAAACUUUGUUUCCAAACUUUUGGGUCACCCUGUAAUUGGACUGGGAUAAGUUCUGUGAUAAUUCAAAUAAUCAGUUAAUAGUUCUACUUUUCCAUGUAGAGAAGAACUCUGGUUCCUCCUGUCUAGGUUUCUCCUGGAGAGUAUCUCUUCCAUGAACGUAUGUUCACAAGAAUGCACGUGCAUUUUGAGUAACCUGGUUACUUAAAUGCACAUAAACACAAAUUAUCCUCCACUUUCCAUGUCAGAUUUUAGUGAACAUUUGAUUGCUACGAGUUUCCUGAUGUGUGUUGGGAACAUUUCUGUUCAACUCAAGUUAACAUUAAAGUUAAUCUCUUUAUUUACA